UUAAACCAAAAUUUCAGAAAUGGAAAAUUCAUCACAGAUCAGAAAUGAAUCUGAGGUUUCAGUAACUCUCCUCGAGAAGAGAUGCUUUUAGACUAAGAAGGUUAAGUUUUAUAUCUGAGCUACUCUUUCAGCUUUCUUCUUCGGCACUAAGAUGGUCUGAGUCAGCGCAAGUAGUAUCAAUAGUUUUUGGGUGUACUUUAUCGAACACAUUGCUAUCCUACUCACAAGUCUUGGAGCAUACCUUGUUUACAGGCUUUUUUAUGUACAAGAAAGCCAUAAAGACUCCUUAACCAGAGUUUGGAAUAACCCAAGAUCCCUAGUAUGUUGAAUCCUGAGUGGCAUAGGAGACACUAGCGGCAAUUUACUGAUUAUCUUCUCACUAAUGCUUGCUAUGUCUGCAAAGGUAAGUCCUUCCUCUGUCAGUUGAUUACUAAUGUCCAACAAUAUUGCCAUGCUGUUAAUAGGAAUCUAUGUGUUUCAUGAGAAGCAUACAUUACUGGAGUAUUUUGGUGCAUUUUGUAUAUUCUGAGCAUGUAUCGUAAUCACACUCCAAAAAGGCUUUAAUAAUGAUGGAGUCGUACAACUUAGCAGCAUUGAGUUCUACCUAUCAAUCUUCCUGGCUCUAAUAUGAGCAAUAGCAUGGGGGAUGGUAGGAUUUGCAGCCAAAUGGGCAUCCUAUUUCUAUGAAGUAGAGCCUGAUGAAUAUGCUAUCCUUGCAAUGACAAUCUCAGGAAUAAUUGGAAUCUGAUCGAUCUUCUUUAUAUAUCCUCUGGGCAUUGAAAUCGAGCCAAAAGAUGAUGAAAAGCUGUGGUUUUAUAUCCUCUCAGCACUUGGAGCAGGCUUUUUUACAACUUUUGGGGUAUUUACAGGUAUCUUCGCACUUCACAAUGGAAGUGUUGAAGUGACAAGCCUUUUUGCAAAUAUGAGAGUAAUCCCACAAAUUAUUGAAGAGUAUCUCCUGUUCGGGAUAAUUCCCUCUAUCUUUAGUAGUAUAGGAAUUUUAAUAGCGCUUUUUGGUUGAGUUCUCAUGGUCUUUUCAGACACCAAUACAGAAUCAAAAAGUGAAAUUAUUGAGUUGACGGAAAAAUCAGAUAAAAUUUCAAGCUAA